GAACCAAGGUGGACUAAGGUCUAUAUUAAGCUCAGAGGUCGAAAAGAUUUGAUACGUACGGAGCACUGCUUCCCUGGCGCUCGCGAGCCACCAUGAGCGAAGUGCACAUGAAGAACACCCUUAAAUAUUGCUCGACUUCCAAUUUAACUACAAAGAAUGGCAAUCCGCAGUCCUCAGGUCACGAACGUUUCUUACUCGGGGUUGAUCCUGGGCAAAGUGCAGAAUGUUGUUUCAAGGGACAUUCUUGCAUUUCAUCACCGAAUCCUCUGCGCCUCUUCCUCCCGCUUCCUGCUCUCCCAAGGCAUUGACAAGCCCCAUUUCCUUCCAGACGUUGAGCUUGACCAAAGCUUGCAUAUGGCAUCCGCCAACUGGGUGACACAACACUUCCUGCGGACCCUCCAUGCACAAUAGUGCCUAGACCGUGUAAUCAUGGAGAAUUUCAACAACCCGAAUCCGUUCGCGUGUGAUGCACCACGGGAUCCGGAGGGCCACAACACGGACAGUCACGACCAUGCAUUAUCACCGACUGCGACAGCAAGAGUACGAAGUCGGAGCACGGAUAGCAGGUCGAGUGGCAAGCCCAGCACGAGCAAGCCUGCGCCAAGUUCUGACUCCAUAACUGAACAUCCUCAUCGUGAUAGGUUCAAGACUGCCGUAGACGAUCUACAGACUGGAGUCGUCGACAGGGUCAAAACCGUCGGGCAUAGGCUUCAUCUUGACGGCGUUCACGCCCAUGGAGUCACCAACAUCUUGAAUCCAACUACCAUCCGCAUGGACGUACGCUACCAGAGCGAUUCAAACUCCAGUGACGAUGGCCAGGUACACGAGUCACAGGAAACCUCUCUCCUCUGGCGAGCGCGCGAUAAUCGCAAGGGCAGGAACUCCAUCGCUGUGCCGACAUUGCCUGUCGAUGAUGGCAAUGACGGUUCAAUUUUCCCCGCAAGAUAUACGCCACGAAUGAGUUCGAAACUCAGUGACAUUGCCCACAAUUUAUAUAAAAUGGCGACCACUUUUCCCUACUGGGACAUGAGUUUCUGGUCAGGUUCCUCGUACACGAUCGGAUCCGCGCUCUUCGUAGUAGACGGCGUAUUGGCGUGGGGACCUGUAGCCUUCGGAGAGGAUUUCGUGUCAUCUUCAGCGCAAAAGUAUGGCGGUCCUCUGUCGUUCUUCAUCGGUGCCCUCUUCUACCAAGUAGGCGCUGUCGCCGCAUAUUUGGAAGCAGUCAAUGAUGGCUCAUUCCACGGCUCAGCGAUGCGAAGAUUUCUCGACAGAGAUGAAGAUGGAUCGAAGAAAUUGUUGGACCACAAGAUUCACGACUUCCUCCGCCGUGUCAAACCUCACCGGCCUCAUCAGAAUCCCGACACCAAAAUGCCCGAAGUCGAUCCCGAAGCAGGCUGGAAAACGAAAGAAGAACGUCUCCUUCGCCCCGGCUCGAUCUAUCCCGAUGGGAAACUGCCCGCACCGCGUCGAGGAGGCGUAGAUCUUGGAGGUGACCAGACGACUCCCACCAGUACAUACAACACCUGGAGAUGGUGGCCCACAUGGCGCGCUCUCCGCGAACACCACGUCUACGAAAUCGGCUGGCUCGCCUGCACGAUCCAACUCUUCGGCGUGACAUUAUACGGCGUCACCGCCAUCGUCAUCCUCCCCGGAAUUCUCUCUUCCCUCCAACCCUGGCAAGAACUCGCCGCGUACUGGAUCCCCCAAGUCAUCGCGGCCUUGUGCUUCCUCAUCGCCAGCCUCAUGUUCAUGUUUGAAACGCAAGAAAAAUGGUGGAAACCCGAACCUACCGUCUUGGGCUGGUGGAUCGGAGUCUGGUCGACGGUGGGAAGUAUUGGAUUCGAAUUCAUCGCCUGUUUUGGAAUUAAAGCUUUAGCUAGUCGUGGAAAUGGUGGUGACGAGGGUCAUUGGGCGGAAUAUCAGUCGGAUUUGGCGACGACAUGGGGCAGUUCGUGUUAUUUGAUUGGGAGCUUUUUACAGUGGUAUGAGGCUUUGAAUAAGAAACCUGUUGAGGAGUUGUUUUUGGAGCCGGGGGAGAUGAAGAGUUGUAGGAUACAUCCGAUAUGAUGAUAUUUUUGUGUGC